AGUUAAUUACGUAACGAUACUAACAAUAAGUGUUAGUACAAUUAAAAGUCUCCAAAGUCAAUUAUGUUAGCUCAAAUUAUUAAACCAAAAGUCCUCUCUUUAAUUUAAAACCACACACUUAUUUUCUUGCUAUUACCUAUUAAUUUUCACUUCUUCACAUAAUUUUUCCAUUGGAUCCAAUAUGGAAGCUCUAAGAGCAACCCCUUCAUUUAAUUCUCCUACCAAUUACUUAAUUCCAUCAACACUUGACACCAAACUCUUUCACUAUUCCAAAUUCAACACAAAACCCAAUUCAUCAUCUUUUUCUUUUGGUAAGAGGAAGAGUAGUAAUCUCUCAAAAUUGAAACUUUUCAAGGCAAUUUCUUCAUCUUCAUCAUCGAUAGAGCUCGAUGACCCUUUUCGGCCUGAGCUUGAAAGUACUCAAGCCCCGGACGGGAAAUUCGACUGGUACAACAACUGGUACCCCGUUGUACCGGUUUGUGAUUUGGACAAGAGGAGGCCACAUGGGAAGAAGGUGCUGGGGAUUGAUGUAGUGGUUUGGUGGGACAAGAAUGAGAGUGAAUGGAAGGUGUUUGAUGAUAGUUGUCCUCAUAGAUUGGCUCCUUUAUCAGAAGGAAGGAUUGAUCAAUGGGGAAGAUUGCAGUGUGUCUACCAUGGUUGGUGUUUUAAUGGCUCUGGUGAUUGCAAGUUUAUUCCCCAAGCACCUCCUGAAGGUCCUCCGGUUCAUACAUCUAAGAAAGCAUGUGUAGCUAGUUAUCCAAGCAUUGUUCAAAAUGAGAUUCUUUGGUUUUGGCCAAGCACAGAUCCUCAAUACAAAGAUAUUCUUACAAAGAAAAGACCUCCCUAUAUUGAAGAAAUAGAUGACCCUUCAUUCUCUAAAAUUGCAUGGGGCCAUAGAGAUUUUCCAAUUGGGUAUGAAGUGUUAAUGGAAAAUAUUAUGGACCCUGCACAUGUUACUUAUGCACACUAUGGAAUAAUAAAGACUCCACUAAAAAAGGGUACAUCUGAUAGAGAAGGAGGCAUACCUUUAGAAAUUAUUGUGGAGAAUCUUACCCAUGAUGGAUUUAGUGGAAAAAGAGAGCCUGCAGCAACUAACAAAUUUUUUGCACCUUGUUUGUAUUAUUCUCAUAUCUCUCUUGGACCAAAGAAGAAGCUGGUCUUUGUGUUUAGCUGUAUACCAGUUAGUCCUGGGAAAUGCAGAGUGAUAUGGUCAAGUGUAAAAAACUUUGGAGUAUUAUGGGACAAAAUUGUUCCAAAUUGGAUAUCUCAUAUGGACACAAACAUAAUUUUCGAUUCAGAUUUAAGUCUCCUACAAGUUGAGGAGCGUAGGAUAAUGGAUGUUGGGCGUGGGCCAUGGCAUAAAGAGUUUUUUGUGCCAACAAAAUCAGAUGCUCCAAUAAUUGCUUUCAGAAAUUGGUUGAACAAGUAUGGUGGUGGCCAGGUUGAUUGGAAAGGCAAAUUCACUACUACUACUCUUCCUCCAACUCCUCCUAGAGAACAACUUAUGGAUAGGUAUUGGAGCCAUGUGGUGAAUUGUCCAAGUUGUAGUGGUGCACACAAGGGUUUGAAAGUGUUAGAAGUAGUGCUACAAGUGAUGAGCAUAGCUCUAAUUGGGUAUGCUGCUGUUGCUACCAAACAAGGCCAAGUAUUAAAGAGUGUCAUGGUUUCUAUAGCAUUACUUGCCUUUGCAGCUUCAAAGUGGCUCUCACACCUUAUCCACAAGCUCUUUCAUCAUCAUGACUAUGAUCAUGCUUUCCAAUGAAAAUAAUACUUAUAUAAGCAUAACUAUGUGGUUGUGGUUGGCAUAGCUUUUUAGUAAAAAGCUCUUUCUUUAAUGUUGUGCAAUGAAAGCUAAAUGGUUGGGUAAAUAUAUAUAAAAAGAGCUUCUAGACCAACAUUGACUAGAAAUGGUAAAAUGUGUUUUUGGUGUCUAA